AUGGCAGGUCCAGAAACUGAUGCCCAGUACCAAAGUACCAAACUGAUGCCCAGUGAUGCUCCUUUUUUCACUGGUAUCAAAAAAUAUUUCAACUCUUACACUCUCACAGGGAGAAUGAACUGUGUACUGGCCACAUACGGAGGUACUGCUUUGAUAGUUUUAUACUUUAAGUUAAGGUCUAAAAAAACUCCAGCUGUGAAAGCAACAUAAACGGAUUCUCAGCUGUACCUCAUCUGUUAAGUUCCCAUGCCUGAAGAAGCUAAUGUCAACUCAUCAUGUGAUACUCAAUUUGUACAAUAAAUUAUGAACCUGGAAA